UCCUCAUUUGAUUGGUAGGAAGGCGAAUUCGCAACUAAACCAGCUUUACGGUAAGCAGGACCGAGAGAUUUCCAGAAAAUAUCAGCGAAGGAAAUAAUUGUUUUUUCUGCUAUACAGUUCAAGACGUAAAGAUGAUCGAAGUGGUUUGCAACGACCGUCUAGGCAAGAAAGUCCGGGUCAAGUGCAACUCUGAGGAUACCAUCGGAGAUCUGAAGAAGCUCAUAGCUGCCCAGACAGGAACACGGCAUGAUAAGAUCGUGCUAAAGAAAUGGUACACCAUAUUCAAGGACCACGUGUCUCUGGGUGACUAUGAAAUCCAUGAUGGGAUGAACCUUGAGCUGUACUACCAGUAAGCAAGAGGGGAACCAGAAGUCAGAUGUACAGAUGUAAAGAUGUUUCUUGCUACAAACACACACAUGCACCACUGGAAUUGAAGGUCUCACACAACGAGAUGGAGCGAGAGCGACAGUCACACGGCAACAAUGGAGUUUUAAUUUUUCCUCUCAAAUCACUUUGUGAAAGAGAUGUUGUUGUUGUUUUUUUUAUAUUUUGGAAAUAAAACUGAUAUUUACCUGACUGUGA